CCCUCAUCUCUCGCCAAAUAAAACAUACAACACCAACGCUUUCCAUUUCUUUAUUUUUUUUUAAAAAAAAUAAAAAAUUAGAUUUUCAGUUACCGGUGCUGAACUCCUUGAAUUUGCAAAACUGUGCCGAUUGGGAGGUCUCUAGGGCUUUUCCAAGAAAGUUGAGUUUUCUUCUUUUGUGGAAUAUCCUGGUUUUGUUUUGUGUUCUGGGUGAUAUGUUCACGCCGCAGAGGAAGGCGUGGCCGGGACUACCGCUGACCCCCUCUACCGAGCCGCAAAGAGCGGGGGUUUCGAACACUAGGAGUGGAGGCAUUGGCGGGAAGGGAAAAGCUGUUGCAUUUUUCGAUGAUACGAGGAAACUACCACCACCGCCUGUUGGUUCUCUUAGCGGCAGAGGGCCGCUGAAUGUGGGAUUGGAAGAGGAGGGCAUGGAGGAUUGGAGGCGGUUCAAGGAAGCUGGUUUCUUGGACGAAGCGGCCUUGGAAAGGAGGGACCAUGAGGCCCUUGUCGAAAGGCUCUCCAAGCUUGAAAGAGAGCUUUUUGAUUACCAGUAUAAUAUGGGCCUUCUCCUCAUCGAGAAAAAAGAAUGGACAUCAAAGUGUGAAGAAUUGACGCAAGAACUUGCUGAAGCUGAGGAGAUCCUAAGACGUGAGCAGGCUGCACACUUGAUUGCCUAUUCUGAAGUUCAAAAGCGAGAGGAGAACUUGGCAAAAGCCUUAGAUGUUGAAAAACAGUGUGUGGCAGAUCUUGAAAAGACAUUACGUGAUAUUCAAGAAGAACAUGCCCAGGUCAAGCUUAGUUCUGACACAAAGUUGGCUAAUGCGAGUGCACUGGUUGCUGGAAUUGAAGGAAAAUCCUUGGAAGUGGAAGAAAAGAUGCAUGCUGCUGAUGCUAAGCUUGCAGAGGUAAAUAGAAAAAGUUCAGAAUUGGAAAUGAAACUGCAAGAGAUGGAGGCCCGUGAAAGUCUGCUUCAAAGAGAGCGCCUCUCCUUAAUUGCUGAACGAGAAGCACAUCAGGCAACCUUUUACAAACAGAGGGAAGACUUGAAUGGGUGGGAGAGGAAACUAAACAAAGGAGAAGAGAGGCUGUCUGAGCUUAGGAGAACACUUAAUCAGAGGGAGGAAAAGGCAAAUGAGAAUGAUAGACUUCUCAAGCAGAAAGAGAGGAGUUUUGAAGAGGUACAAAAUAAGAUUGAUUUGUCCACCUUGAAGUUAAAGGAGAUGGAAGAUGAUGUAAGCAAACGAUUUACUGAUUUGGUUUCCAAAGAGAAGGAAGCUGAGUCCAUGAGAAGUACUCUACAGGCAAAAGAGAAGGAUCUAGUUGCAUUGGAAGACAUGCUUACUGCUAGAGAAAGGGUGGAGAUUCAGAAACUUGUUAAUGAGCAAAGGGUUAUUCUUGAUGCUAAAAUGCAGGAGUUUGAGUUGGAACUGGAGGAAAAGAGAAAGUCUGUUAAUGAGGAACUUGAAAGCAAGGUAAAUGAAGUGAACCAGCAGGAAGCCGAACUUCACCACAAGGAAGAAAAAUUGAGAAAGCAAGAACAAGCAUUGGAUAAGAAGUUGGAGAGAGUGAAAGAGAGAGAAAAGGACCUCGAGGCGAGGUUGAAAACUGUCAAGGACAGAGAUAAGUUUGUGAAAACUGAGGAGAAAAAGUUGGAGUUGGAAAAGCAGCAACUGUACUCUGCUAAAGAGAGCUUGCAGGCUCUCAAAGAUGAGAUUGAUAAGAUAGGGGCUGAAACUAGUCAGCAGGAGUUAAGGAUACGUGAAGAGUCUCAAAAGCUUAAAAUAACUGAAGAGGAGAGGUCGGAACACAUCCGUUUGCAGUCAGAAUUGAAACAGCAGAUAGACAGCUGCAGACAUCAGGAGGAGUUGCUUUUGAAGGAACAUGAAGAUCUGAAACAGCAAAGGGAAAAUUUUGAGAAAGAGUGGGAAGUUUUGGAUGAAAAAAGAGUUGAAAUUACCAUGCAACGAAAGGAAAUUGUUGAAGAAAAGGAUAAGUUCGAAAAGUUUCGACAUUCAGAAGAAGAAAGGUUGAAGAAGGAGGAAUCUGCCAUGCGAGAUUAUGUUUGUAGGGAGAUGGAAUCAAUCAGGCUGCAGAAAGAAUCAUUUGAAGCCUCAAUGAAGCAUGAGAAGUCAGUUCUAUUGGAAGAAGCUCAGAAUGAACACAUUAAAAUGCUUCAAGAUUUUGAGCUGCAGAAAAUGAAUCUUGAAACUGAUUUGCAGAAUAGGUUUGAUCAAAAGCAGAAAGAUUUGCAGGAAAGGAUUGUUGCAUUUGAAGAGGUGAAGGAGAGAGAACUUGCUAAUAUGAGAUGCUCGAAAGAAGAUGUUGAGAGGGAAAUGGAAGAAAUAAGGUCUGCAAGGCUUGCUGUAGAAAGGGAAAAACAGGAAGUUGCAAUUAACAGGGAUAAGCUGAACGAGCAGCAGCAAGAAAUGCGAAAGGAUAUUGAUGAACUGGGUAUACUUAGCAGCAGGCUCAAGGACCAGCGGGAACAUUUUAUCCGUGAAAGACAUAGCUUCCUUGAAUUUGUUGAGAAGCUUAAGUCUUGUAAGACCUGCGGAGAAAUAACGAGGGACUUUGUACUCUCUAACUUCCAACUACCUGAUGUGGAGGAUAGGGAAAUCGUUCCUCUUCCACGACUAGCUGAUGAACUCAUAAGGAAUCAUCAAGGUUAUUUGGGUGCUUCUGGUGUUAAAAAUAUCAAGAGAUCUCCUGAAGCUUAUUCACAGUAUCCUGAAUCUGCUGGUCGCAUGUCUUGGCUUCGCAAAUGCACUACCAAGAUUUUUAGCAUUUCACCAACAAAGAGAAAUGAAAGUAAAGCUGAAGGGCCCGGUGAGCUUACCAAUAAGGAAGCAGGAGGAAAUAUUCAUGAAAAGGCAGGAGAGCCAUCUUUAAGGAUUCCAGGUGACUCUAUCAAUAACCAAUUGCUCCAAUCUGAUAAAAUUGGAAAGGUGGAUGAUCGAUCUGGUCCAUCCCUUGAUCAUAGCUACACUGACAGUAAAGUGCAAGAAGUUCCUGAAGAUUCUCAGCAGUCAGAGAGGAAGAGUGGUCGCCGCAAACCUGGAAGAAAACCUAAAUCUGGACUGAAUCGGACACGCUCAGUGAAGGCUGUAGUUGAAGAUGCAAAACUAUUCCUUGGUGAAAGUCCAGAAGAACCUGAGCCUAGUGAGAGUGUGCAGCCAGAUGAUAUCAGCCAUGCUAAUGAAGAAAGUGCUGGUGUUUCUACUCAUAGUGAGAACAGGGCACGCAAUAAUGCAAGAAAGCGGCGACGACCACAAGAUUCCAAAAUUACAGAUACCGAGUUGGAUGCUGCAGAUAGUGAAGGACGUUCUGAUAGUGUCACAACUGGUGGGCAAAGGAAGAGGCAACAGACAGCUGCUCAAGGCCUCCAAACCCCAGGGGAAAAAAGAUACAAUCUCAGGCGACCCAAGCUUACAGUCACAGCCAAGGCAGCCCAAGCCUCAUCUGAUUUGCUGAAGACUAGGCAGGAGCCUGAUAGUGGUGUCGUGGAGGGAGGAGUUUCUGAUACUGAGAACAGAAGUUCUAAUUUAGUGCAGGUCACAACAUUGAAAAAUGUGGAGAUUGUAGAAGAGAAGGUUGUCAGGUUCAAAACAAGUGUGGAUGUCGAUGACAAUGCCAAUGCUGCAAAGCCAGUUGGGAGUGUGGAUUUGAGUGAAGAAGUUGGUACAGCUGAAAAUGGCAAUGAAGAUCAGAGUGUGAGCUCGAUCGAUGAAGAUGAGGAUGACUCUGAUGAUGAGAUAGAACAUCCGGGUGAAGUCUCAAUAGGAAAGAAAAUCUGGACCUUUUUUACCUCAUGAAGGCUUCCUCUUUUUUUUUCUCUUGUUUCUUCUGAGACUGGAGGUGGCUCACUCAUUGGCUCUGCAAGACAUGCUUCAGCUUCAGAGCUUUGCCUUGUGUCUUUAACUUUUUUUUUUACCUGUUGGUUGGAUAGGAGUGUUACCUGUCUAGCUAGGAAGUUGAUGUGCAAGUGGUUUCAACAAUUCCUAGUUCACUUUGUAUACUAAAUUCUUUAUUAUGUCUCCACUUGCAAGUAUUAGCUGCCGAAUCUUUGUUUCAUUUUUGACCAUUCCAUGUUAUGAAAUUAGUGCAAAGCCUGCUUUUGCCUUUCU